AAACAUUACCUUAAUUGUUGCAUCAAUUUAUGCAAGGUGCAUUGCGCAUGCACUUUUCUUUGAAAUAAAGGCGCGAGAUUUGCAGAAAAUACUUGGUAGAAAACACAUGUGAUGCAACAUAAUGAAAUUAUAAAAUUACACUAUUUGAAUUCUUAACUUGUAAAGAAAAAUGGAAGUUACCGUAGGAGAUAUAGUGAUGCCUGGUGAUGCUGUAAAAGAUAUUGCAACUAUUAACAAAAAGGAAACAAUUGUCUUAGGACCCGGUCUUCGUCGCGAAGCCGAUACAGUGUUUGCAUAUAAAGCAGGGAUACUGAGGAAAACGCAACCAGCUGUAUAUUAUGUAGAUAGUUAUCAGAAACGUUACAUACCAAAUCGUGGAGAGAAUGUGAUUGGGAUAGUAACACAGAAGGGAGGUGAUAUAUUUAAAGUAGACAUAGGAGCCAGUGACCAAGCAUCACUCUCAUAUCUUGCAUUUGAAGGAGCUACUAAGAAGAACCGUCCUGAUAUUCAAGUUGGGGACAUUGUGUUUGCAAAACUUUUGGUUGCUAGCAAAGAUAUGGAACCAGAGCUUGUAUGCGUAGACUCUCAUGGCAAAGAAAAGGACUUAGGUGUUUUGAGUAACGAGGGCAUGCUCUUUACAUGUUCCUUGAGUCUCAUUCGAAAGAUAUUGAAUCAUAAAUCUCCAUUGUUCAAGACACUUGCACAAAGUCAAGCAUUUGAAGUAGCAGCUGGUAUGAAUGGAAGGGUUUGGGUGAAAGCAAGGACUGUUCAUGAAACAAUAGCAGUGGCAAAUGCUAUUUUAGCAGCAGAAUAUGCUGCACCCAAUGAUAUAAGAAAAUUGUGUUCAGAGAUUGAAAAAACACUUCUUUUAACACAAUCAAACAACACUGAUUAAUUACAAUAAAAGACAAUCAUCUUUUAUGAAUGAUUAUUUAUUGUAUCAAUAUUUUUAAUGAGUUUUAUAAAUAAAUCUGUAUGAUUUCUUAUGUGAAAUAUGAUGAUUAUAGUGACAACCAUUGUGACAACCAUUGUGAUAAAAAUGUAGAAUUAGAACUACACAUAGUACACACAUUUUUAAGUAUGCUGGUCAUGUAUACUGAUACACUAAUACAAUAAAAAUGUGAGUAAUACUACAGUUAAUGAAUGAUGUGAAAAAAUGUCCUUAAAUAUUUGUUUUUCCGAUUGCAAUUUAAUAAUGAACAUGUAUUUAAUAUCAAAAGUAUUUUUAUGAAGUUAAUAUUAUAAAGUACGUUUCUUUCAAACAAAUCAGAACUCUAUAAGAAAAAUCGAAUAGGGUGUACUAGUUCCUACAAUGUACCUUUAAUGAUUGUAAUUAGUAUUUAAGUGUUAGAGAUGAAUAAGUUGAUCUGCUAUAUUUUGUCUGAUAUGUAACUAAUAUUUGUUUUUUCUUUUUAACUGUAGUAUGAAAGCUAAUAUCUAACUAAUGAUAGUAUCAGAUAUUCAAGCACAACCUUGACUUUCUUUAUUUUUUUUUCCACAAAAAUACUUAAACAACUUUUAAAUCAAGCAUAUUACAUUUUUAUAGUUUUUCUUUUUUAAUACAGGAUUUGUACGUGAUGGAAUGUGCAUUGUUCAUAGCUUAUAAAAUAAACUAUGAACAUGUUAGUAUUAGGAAAACAUUUUUCUAAAUAUUACAACCACGUGUAAUAGCAAUGGAAUGAGUCCAUACUCCAAGUUUAAAAUUAAGAUAACACUGAUUUUAAAAUAGUGCUCAACACUAUAUGGACAUGGAGUAUUAUCAGAUUUUAAAUAAUAAUAAUAAUAAUAAUAAUAAUGUGACAAAUAUAUAUAUAUAU